CUGCUUUUCACACCCAGGUUUUUUGAGAGGGGAUGAGGGCUUAAAGAGCAGUGGGCUGGACUCUUCCUCGCCUUCUUGGACUGGGACAGGGGACACGCUGGAGUCAUUGUGCAGAGUUUAGGAAGUCCAUGAUGUUUUCCAUGAUGUCCAGCCUGAAGCCAGCUCUCGGGAUGCUGACCUGUGACCCUCGGGCCACGAUCUGCUCAGGCACAAACUGCCUGGUUCCUCCCAGUGACUUUAACGCCAUCUUGAGCCUGGUGCUGAGCAUCGUGCUCACGGUGAUGCUCGCCAUGGUCAUGUUCUCCAUGGGCUGCACCGUGGACUCCAAGAAGCUGUGGAGCCACAUCAGGAGGCCUUGGGGCAUAGUCAUUGGCUUCCUGUGCCAGUUUGGCAUCAUGCCUUUCACGGCCUUCGCGCUGUCGCUGGCCUUCGGGGUGCUGCCCGUCCAGGCCGUCGUCAUCAUCAUCAUGGGCUGCUGUCCCGGAGGCUCGGGCUCAAACAUCAUCUGCUACUGGCUGGACGGAGACAUGGACCUGAGCAUCAGCAUGACUGCCUGCUCCUCCAUCUUGGCUCUGGGCAUGAUGCCUCUCUGCCUGUUCAUCUACACCAGCGUUUGGACUUCCAGUGACACCAUCAAGGUCCCCUUUGACAGCAUCGGAAUCACAUUAGCAGCCCUUUUGAUCCCCAUCGCUGUGGGGAUGUACGUGAAGAACAAGUGGCCUCGUGUGGCCAAAAAGAUCCUCAAGGUGGGGUCUAUAGCUGGUUUUCUUCUCAUCAUCAUCAUAGCCGUGGUUGGAGGAGUCCUCUACCAGUCCUCCUGGAACAUCGCCCCCUCCUUAUGGAUAAUUGGAACCAUCUAUCCCUUCAUCGGAUUCAGUUUGGGCUUCCUGCUGGCCCGCUUUGUGGGUCAGCCCUGGGACAGAUGUCGAACCAUCGCCCUGGAGACGGGCUUCCAGAACUCCCAGUUGUGCAGCACCAUUGUCCAGCUGUCCUUCAGCCCAGCAGAGCUGGAGGUCAUGUUUGCGUUUCCGCUCAUCUACAGCAUCUUCCAGCUGGCUGCGGCUGUCUUUUCUGUGGGGGGUUUCCAGGCCUACAAAAGGUUUUUUGGGAAAGGGUCUGCCGACGCGGACUGUGAGGGCCGGACCCUGGAUUCGGACGGCAGGAUGAAAGAGAAGGUGUACGGUCUGGAGAACACGGCUGUGGAGUCUGAUGAGACCAACAACAACGGUUUAAAAGGCACAUUUAAAAACAUACAGAUGUGAAAUCCGGUUCUACGGAUGGACUCUGGGCCUGAAGGCGCGCGCGCACACACACACACACACACACACACACACGCAGACAGGGGGCGCUCCUUCCUUCCUUUAAUUUAUUCAUAAAGAUAUUUAAAACUAAAGAAAUCCUUAUUCCUGUUUAUUCAGACAGAUCUGGUCAGUGUGAUUUUAAUAUCAACACUAGUGACAGAUAAUUUUAUUUAUUGAGCUUGUUUAAAAGUUUCUAGGCGUGAAAUUGAAUUAGAAAACAAACAAAAGUUAAUAAAAGGAAAGAAUCCUGCAUUCAAAUGUGGGUGAGAGUUGGAUGUUCUGACUUCUAAUUUGUGUUGUUGGUUUUUCUGUUUUCUACUUCAUAUUUAACACAUUAAAGUUCUUCUUUAAACUGAA